AUGGCGGAGGUCAUCACGCAGUGCGCGGCGGCGACCGCGGAGGCGGCGGCGAGGCGAGACGCGAUGGAGGCGAAGAAGCUCGAGCUCGAACGCGCCGUCGAGGACCGGGACGCGUCGGAGAGGGCGCUGACGCGGUGCCGCGAGGAUCUGCGCGCCGCGCUCGCGGACGCGGCGUCGUCGCCGAGGCAGCAGCGCACGCUGCCGCCUUCGCCGGCGCAGAGCGGCGGUUCGGGUGCGUUCCGGUGGCACUCGAACGACACGUUCGGCGGAGGCGAGACCGCGUCGUUGCCGUCGCCGUCGCCGUCGCGGUCGUCCUCCGUCGCCGUCUCCGUCACCGCGAAGGCGAACCUCUCCCCCGCGGCGAAGGAAGAGGUCGACCUCAGAGUGGAGCUCUAUCGCCUGCAGCGCGCGCUCGCGGAGAAGGACGCGGAGUUGGAGCUCGCGCGCGUCUCCGCCGCGGACGCCGCGAGGGCGAACGCGGAGCGCCUCGACGAGCUCCACGGCCGCCGCGCGUCCGUCGCGCCGCCGUCGCCGCGGCGUGAGAGCGGGACCGGUCGGUCGGUGACGGCGAUGACCGCGGAGCUGGACAUCUUGCGGUCCGCGUUGGAGGGGAAGGAUAAGGAGCUCAUCGCGCUCGCGGCGGAGCGCGCGGAGCUCGAGACGAUGCGCCUCGAGGCCGAGGCGGCGGCGGUGCGCGAGCAAGAGGCGGCGGAGCUCAUCACGUCGCAGUUUAGCGCGCUGAGGAAAGAGGUGAACGACGCGAAAGCGGCGAGCUUGGAAAAGGACGAGGCGCGCAGGGUCGCGGAGAGCGCCGCGCACGACGCCGCGGAAGAUCACGCGGCGAAGGUGAGAGCGCUGAUGCUCGAGCUUCAGGAGGCGCGGAAGACCGCGGAGGAGACCGCGGCGAAGGCGGAGGAGACGGAGAAGCGUCGCGUCGAGGCGGAGGCGGCGGCGACCGCGGCGAAGAAGACGAGCGCCGCGACGACGACGGACGAAGAGACAGAGAAGCUCAAGAAGGACAUCGUCCGACUGGACGCCGCGCUGCUCGUCGCCGCGGAGCAGACGGCGGAUAAGCUGGACCACCACCGCGCGGCGAAGGCGGCGCUCGAGGACGAGCUCGAGAGAUUGAAGGAAGAGACGAAGACGCGGGAAGAAGCGAGCGCGCGGGAGAUUCGAAGGUUGAACGUCGCGUUGCGAGGCGCGAUGCGCGCGGCGGAAAAGUCCGGCACGGACGACGACGCGUCCGGCUCGGACGCCGAGACGAGAGGCGGAGAGAAGAGAGCGCCGUCGACGCCGUCCGCGCGCGAGCGGCGGCUCGAGAUCGAAGUAUCGACGCUCAGACGCGCGCUGGAGGAGUCGCGCGCGGCGGCGGCGCCGCGGUCGCCGCGAUCGCCGCCGACGACGCCGAGCCCUCGCCGAGUGCCGCUUCCGGAGACGCCGCGGCCGUGGCCAUCGCCUCGAAGCGCGCCCUUACCGGAGACGCCGCUCGCGUCGACGUACGACGCCCCGCUCGCCGCGCUCGCGUCCGUCGCGCGCGGCGAGCGAGAGGAACGCCUCGAGGAUGAAAUCUCCAAGCUGCACGCGGCGCUUCGCGAAGCCGCCGGCGCGGCGGCGGAGGAAGACGCCGCCGGCGCCGCGAGGGAGAAACAGCUCAAGGCUGACCUCGACGCCGCGGUCUUCGCGCGCGACGAGGCUGUCGCGGAGGCGUCCGAGCGCGAGACGGCGCUCUCGAGGGAGGUGGCGGGGCUUCGAGAGUCGCUCGACGGCGCGCUCGCGGCGGCGCGCGACGCGAUCGCCGCGCGCGCCGCCACCGAAGACCUCGACCUCGCGGCGUCCUCCUCCGCGCGAGAGGACGCGCUCGAAGAGGAGAUCGCGCGGCUGCGCGCCGCGUUGGAGGCGGCGCUCACCGCCGCCGCGAUGGAGGACGAGCGCGAGGCGGCGUCGGCGGCGGAGGCGAACGCGCGCGCCGACGCGUUGGAAGCGGCGCUCGCCGAAGUCACCGAGGGGAUGGCGAACGCGAACGCGAUGGUCGAGGCCGCGGUGUUCGCGCGCGACGAGGCGCAGGCGGAGCUGGAGACGCUGAAGAACGAUCGCGUCGGCGCGGAACCCCCGCACGUCACCGCGCGCGCGCUCGAAGAGCUCGACACGCUUCGCGGCGAAGUCGAGCGCCUCUCCGCCGCGCUCGACGCCGCGCCCGCGGUGUUGGGCCUGGGAGAGGACCCCGAGGACGCAAAAUGGCGCGCGCGCGAGAACGAGCUCACGACGCACGUCGCGAGGCUCGAGCGCGCGCUCAAGGACGCGGCGGCGGCGGUGGGCGCGUCCGAGGCGGCGGCGGUGGACGCCGCCGAGCGGGCCAUCGCGAGCGGCGCGAGAGACGGCGACCUCGACGGCAUCGACGCGAUCGGCGCGCUGCCCGAGCGCGACAGCGACGACGAGACGGACUCGGACGCGAGUGAUUUCGAAGUCGCGGCGCCGGCGACGUCGCGCGCGGGGGAGGCGGCGGCGGCGGCGGCGACGACGACCGCGCGCGGGAGCGCGCCCUCGAAAAACUCCGCCGCCGCGUCGGCGUCGGCGGCGGAGUUUUUCGAGGGCGCGACGCCGCGCGAACGGUACAGAUCGCGAAUCGAUCAUUCCUCCCGCCCGACCCGGGGCUUGGGCCUGUUCGCCGCGCGCUACGGGCACGGCUACGGCCGCGGCGACCGCGCGCCGCCGCCGCCGCGGGUCUUGGCCGCGAUCGCGGUCGCGGUCCUCGCCGCGUGCGUCGCCGUCGUCGCGACGGUUUUCUUCUCCGGCGACUCGUGCGGGUGGUCCGCGACGUCCGUCGUGGACGAGUGGCUGUCGUACGUCGUCCACGCGAAGUACCGCCCGGCGUGCGCGCCCAGGUCGCGGCCGUCGUGAUCGACGUUUCUACGUAGGAGUGUGAUUGUAAACUAUGCGCG